CGAUGACCUUGCACAACUGGCUGAGACAACAACAACCAUGGAAUAACUUCACCUUGACUUCAUUUCACCCUGUUUCAAUCUGACUCCUACACCUAUCUACCUUCCUCUCCCCCUCCCACCUCCACCUCCACCUCCACCAUGUCCUCUCCCUUUAAUCCCCGCCCAUUUACCGACUACAUCAUCUUCUCCCCUCUAGCCGCCUUCAUCUAUCCCGUCCACCAUCUCCUCAAUCGACUCCGCGGACCACCUCGACUGCCACCACCCAACGCUCGUCCCAUUCGCGUCGUCUGCAUCUCCGACACCCACACACUCGAAUGGAGCGACAUUCCAGACGGCGACCUCCUCAUCCACGCAGGGGACCUAAGCAACGACGGCUCCGUCCGCGAGAUCCAACAAGCCGUCAACUGGCUGCGCAGUCUUCCGCACACCCAUAAAGUCGUCAUCUGCGGCAACCACGACAGCUUCUUCGACGUGCGAUCGCGGCGGCCCGAAGACCGCGACGACGCAUCCUCGACGACCUCCUACGCGACCGUCUCCUCCUCAACCGCCUCCCUGCGGUCCCUCCCCUCCGACGACCUCGACCGCGUCGACUGGGGCGACAUCCACUACCUGCAACACACCUCCGUCACCCUGACCUUCCCUCCGACCUCACCACCCCCGCCAUCACCUUCACCUCCCAACUCAACAACCCCCCUGCUCCACAACAACCACCACCACCACCACCACCACCGCACCCGCACCCUAACCCUAUACGGCGCGCCGCAAAUCCCCGCCAUCGCCCCUCUAGGUCCCGAACACGCCUUCACCUACCCACCGCACCACGACGCCUGGACAGGCACCGUGCCCGCCACAACCGACAUCCUGAUCACGCACACGCCGCCAUCCUCGCACCUGGACCUCUCCCCGAUCUUCUCGACGGGGUGUCCAUCCCUUCUGGCGGAGACGUGGCGCGUGCGCCCCGCCCUGCACGUGUUUGGUCAUAUCCACGCCGCCUACGGCCUGGAGCGCGUGUACUAUGACGAGGCCCAGCGCGCGUGGGAGCGCCUCUGCGCCGCCCGGCGGCCCCGCGCCCGGCUGUCGCGCUUCCGGUCGCUGGUCACCGGCGGCCUGCGCGAUCUGUUCGAUGUCGCCGGGUGGGUGGACGCCGCACGCGUGGUCGUCUACGGGGUGCUGGGGAUCGUCUGGGCCAAGGUGUGGGGCGGCGAGAAUGCUGGGUGCGGGUGGAUGGUGAAUGCCGCCUGCAUGUAUCGCGAUGAGGGGGUGUUGAGGAAUAAACCGCAGGUGGUUGUUCUGUAAAUCCGGGAGGCUGAUUUAGCAUAAUAGUGGGUACGUGCUGAAUAAACGAGGUGAGAGACAGGGGGCAUGGGAGGGUGAGGGGUAUAUAUACUACUGGUUGUGUGAAGUGAGAGGCUGAAGUGCUCGGUGUAUAGGGUCAUCAUUCGUGGUCACGGACGGGAUGAGCGUUGUCUCUUAUUGCUCGUGUCGUCUAUUCUCAAAAGCGCUGCAUCGGGGGCAUAGGCGUUUAAUAUUACUAUUUACUAUAAUGAAGAG